ACCUGCUAAACAUAUCUUGAUUCAUCUCUAUCAGCUACUGCCUGAACUUCCAAAGCAACGGAUAUUAUCACAGAUAUGAAGCUAUACAUGGAUAUUCUGGCUAUGGUCGCUAUUUCCGCUAGCACUAUCGUUGGGUUUGAUCCUUCAAACAGCCAGGUGUUCACCAAUACACAAGGCGGCGCUGUGGACGAAUGGGAGAAACAUGCUACGCCCGCUGGAUCUGCGUAUUCGCAUCCUAUCCAGAUUUUGAAGAAUAGACCGGAGCACCUGAUGAUUUAUGGUGGAGAAUCAUGGAAUGGUUUCCUCAACGGAGGUAAACGUCCGAUUGUGGCGACUGUGGUCAAUCUGACCGAGGUGUUGAGCGCGCCUGCGUCGUAGAUAUUGGAGAGGCGAUGAGGGUGGAUGACAAGAGCGACAAACCUGGCCUAUCCACGUAGACAAAAUGAUAGGAAUACACAGAAUGCUGUUUAGUGUUUGGCUCAUGACAUAUUUAUUGCA